AUGACGUACGUAGAAGGAUCAACAAAUUUACCUCAUUUAAGAACAGUGAUUAAAUCAAGAAACUUUGAAACACUGGAAGAUGCAAUGAAGGCAAGUCUUGAAGAGCAGAAAAUUUAUCAAUCAUCAAAAGAGACUCAACGAAUACUUAAAUUAGGAAACCAAUGCAGAAAUAACAAUCAAAAGUAUUGCGAAAUUUGCAAUCGUAAUAAUCAUUUUACAAAUCAAUGUAGAUAUGGAAAUCGCGGUCAAGAUACUGGCCAACAAAAUUUUCAAUCAAAAGUACAUUCAAAUCUAAAUAAUAAAGAUGUGAAAAAGAUAACAUGUGCUUAUUGUAAUAAACCAGGACACUCCGAAGAUAUAUGUUACAAAAAGAAAAAAACAAAUAAAUCCAAUGGACAGUUUUCGGGAAACGGUCCAAGACCGAGUGGCUCGGGCAACCAAUCGGUCAAAACAUUAAAAACAAUAGCCUUAAACCUGCAAGAACCUUGUCAUUCAAAAUCAAAUUAA